CGGAAUCCACCAUCUCAGUGAGUGUCUUUUUCCACUAGACUUGAAGGUUCGUUCGGCAUAUCAUCGGAUUUUAAAAAAUUUUUCCUCUGAAAUUGGACACACAUGUUUUCCGAAGAGACAAAGAAGUUCUUGCUUUUGUUGCUCUGCAUUUUUUGGGUCUCGCUUCUUGAGUAUUUCAUCUUUUUGACAUCGCAAUCACGUUCUUCCUCUCCGGAGAAGUUUUCUUCCCCAGUUGCCUAUAGCGACGGAAAAGAAUGGCGCCAUUGAUUUUCACCUACAGCUACACUUCUCUUUUUUCUGUUUCAAUACAAAUAUCAGGAAUAAUGAAAUCUCACAAGUUGUUUCGUUUGCAACGUGUGUAACCGAACAUGGAUUCAACUGAACCAUUUCAUCAAGUCGCAUUUUUGUAAAGCAACUUAAUCAGUGAAAUUCCCUUCUACAAGGAAACGUUUAUUGUCUCUACAUAAAUAUAGACAAACUUAACUCUGCUACUUAUACGUAGGAAAAUAUAUCAUGGCUUUGAAUUUCUUACCAUCUCUACAACAUAUAGCAGCUGUUAAAGUGGCAUUAACCGUCUAUAAUGACGACAUUAUCCACUUCUUUUGCGAAUUUGUUAAGAAAGAUGUAAAUUAUAGUGAUUCAUUUUGUACCAAUUGGAGUCAAGAAAAACGAAUAAGACAAAGAAGAAAAGAAAUUAGUCAGAAAUUAUCCACACUUCUCCCAAAAUUAUUCGUAGAUCGAAUCGUAAACAUACUUCAGCCAAUAGUUGCUGAAAUCUUUUACUGUGUUAGAGACCAUUCUAAUAUCGCUAACCACAUUCAGAAGAGUCAUAUCACGAAUACUUUACGCUGGAAAUCGGAAGGAACAAUUGACAGAACCGAAACUUCGAAACAACUCAUUCGAAACGAAAGCAUCGAUAAGAGAGUGCGUUUUGUUUUAGCAUCUAUCUACUUUUUGGAGCAAGAUGUUUUGCAAUUAUGGCAAAGUAUGACGGAGGAAGAAAGGGAAAACAUUUAUCGCAUCGACUUUAAUCUUGCUGUCAGAUUUUGGAUGAAAUGUUUGAGAGAAAAUGCUGCUUCUCCUUGGAAACAAUGGAUUCCAGAAUACUUAAGUAUUGACCAAAAGGAACUUCGAUUUUCUAAUUUUAAAAAUAGAAGUAGGCGCGUAAGAAUGAACUUAUUUUACAAUGAGUUGAACGGUUUGAAUAAAAAAAAAUUCUUACAUAAGUUGUGCCCUUACUUAAGUUGUGAUUUGCGUGUAUGUUAUUAUUUAACUGAUGAGACUGAACGUGGCAAGAUCUUUAACAAUUCAGGCUAUUUAUUAGAUUUAAAAAUAAAAGAUCUGCUCUGUUUCUAUUUGGAUUGGCCGUUACAAACCCUUUUCCUAGACAUGGUAGAUCAGAUCUGGGACCAUUUAACUCCAGAAUGUUUUGAACAUUGCUUGUGUUUUAUAGUGUAUGAUAAAAUUUUGAAAUGUAUGGAAGAUUUCGAAUAUCAGAAUCUUUUUAAGGAUUUGUGGAAUCGGAUUCCCGAUAAUUACAAAGAACAAUUUUGCAGGCAUACUCUUAUUUGCGCUUAUGCAAUGAUGCGUUAUGACAGAAAAACGAGCACUUUAUGGAUUGGGAAAUUUCUUGAAAUAUGUGCAGAUUUGAAUAUAGUAGACUUUAGAGAUGUAUAAUCCACGAUUUUUUGAAAAAACAAAUAAUUUUGCUAUUGUUAUUUUUAAAAGUUUGUUCAAAAUAUCUGUUAUUUCAAUCAUAUUAUUAAUUAAAAUUAUUAAUUAGCAUUAAAUAUAAAAUUUAUUAAUUGUAAUUAAUACUUAAUUUACUAAUUUAAGUAACGUGUGAUUGAAUUAAUUUAUCUGUUUCAGCUUAAUAUCUUAAUUUUGAUUUUUUUCAAAACUAUUUAAUUUCUUUAUUGGAGUAAAUCAUUUUCUGAAAAAUUUGAAUUAAUUAUGUAUGUCAUUUCUUUAAAAUGUUCACUUUAGUUCUAUAUUCUACCAAGAGAUGGCGUUUGCAGUAAGCAGAAUAUAUGCAAUCAAAGUCAUGUCACAAGCAAUUAAAAGUGUUCUUUAUGGAAUAGUGCAUCGUCAAAUACGAAUAUCGGGAAGUCAAGGUCACUCCCAUGAAGUGGAGCGGUGACUUUACAUUUUCCAAUGAGGUCUCACACUUUCCAGUGAAGUCACCGCUCCGAUAAAUUUCAGUGAUAUGUGGAUCAAUGAUACGAUAAUUCCAAGAAUAACUGGUCCGUUCACUUUUCAACCCAUUCACAGAUUUCUCCUUUUCUCUUUAUUCGUGUUAAGGGGAUGGGACCCUCAGGGCCCAAGAGAAGAAUGAUUUGUGUUUCUGGAAUUUUUUUUUUCCAAUCCCUGGAGUGUCGGGGAUCAGCUGAUACCCCUUCUUUUCUUUCAGAGAUGUUGGCUCAGCCCGCUUAAGUGUUUUUAGCAUAAUGUCAAUACGUAGAGUUUUUCAUAACGUUUAACGUGAUAAUGAUUAAUUUUAUAUUAAUAAAGUGAAAAGAAAAUUUCUUUUUUUUUUUAAGUUGAUUAUUUUCCAAGUAUUAUACAACAAAGAGGUCUUAUAUUCUUUUUUUGUUAAAUAUAUUUUGAAAAAAAAAUUGUUAUCGUGUAAAU